CGUAAUCAAUCAUCUGGAGCACGCUUCGUUUCCGGUUUGAAGGAAUUCGAUGUGGAAACCGAACGCACGCGCUUGUAGCGUGUACUGGGAGCGCGUGGGCACAGGAGUUUAGUUGAAUAAAAAGCUGUCAGAUUGUGUAACCAUGCCGACUCUCAGUCAGAAUGUUCUCUUUGGCAUGGGAAACCCGCUGUUGGAUAUCUCUGCGGUGGUGGAUAAAGAUUUCUUGGAUAAGUAUGGUUUAAAGCCCAAUGAUCAAAUCCUGGCAGAGGACAAGCACAAAGCUUUGUUCAAUGAGAUCAUCAAUAAGAGUAAAGUCGAGUAUCACGCUGGAGGAUCAACACAGAACUCUGUUAAAAUUGCUCAAUGGAUGAUCCAGGAGCCUCAUAAGGUGGCCACUUUCUUCGGCUGUAUCGGUACCGAUCACUUCGGUGAGAUUCUCAAGCAGAAAGCAGCUGAAGCUCAUGUUGAUGCUCAUUAUUAUGAACAGAACGCAGAACCCACAGGCACCUGUGCAGCCUGCAUCACUGGAGACAACAGAUCUCUAGUCGCAAACCUGGCAGCAGCAAACUGUUACAAUAAAGAAAAACACCUUGAUAUUGAGAAGAACUGGAGUCUGGUGGAGAAAGCUCAAGUUUACUACAUUGCGGGCUUCUUUCUGACCGUCUCUCCAGAAUCUAUUCUGAAAGUGGCCAAACACGCAUCUGAUAACAAUAAGAUAUUCGGUCUCAACCUCUCUGCGCCCUUCAUCAGUCAAUUCUUUAAAGAGCCGCUGAUGAAGGUCAUGCCGUAUGUGGACAUCAUCUUCGGGAAUGAAACUGAGGCUGCUACAUUUGCAAAAGAACAAGGUUUUGAGACAGAAGAUAUUACAGAGAUCGCUCACAAGGUUCAGUGUCUGCCCAAAGUAAAUAAGAACAGGCAGAGGAUUGUGGUCUUUACCCAGGGCAGAGAAGAUACUGUGGCUACUGUGGGUGAUCGUGUGAAAGUGUUUCCUGUUUUAGACAUUGACCAGAAUGAUAUUGUUGAUACUAAUGGUGCUGGUGAUGCUUUUGUGGGAGGAUUCCUGUCCGAGUUGGUUAAGGAGAAGUCUCUGGAGGAUUGUAUCCGGGCUGGACACUACGCUGCCCACGUCAUCAUCCGGCGAGCAGGCUGCACCUUUCCAGAAAAACCCGAUUACCAUUAACUCUCCUUCAUCCUCGUAUACUCGAUCUUUCCAUCUCAUUUUUUCAGAUAUACCAGCAACACAAGCUGCAGUCUCUUCACUUGUUUACAGAUGUGUAUUGUUAUUUAUGGGCAUUCAUCAGGAUUACCACAACCUUACAGCAAAAAACAAACUUUGUCAUAAACAUCUAUUGAAGCCUCACAAUCAUUUCUCUAUUUAAAUAAAAUCUAUUGAAGAUCCAUUCUGUUACGUAAAGUAAGUGCAUUUAUAUUUUACUAAAGUAAUGGAUAUUAAAUUAAACCAACAGGAUUAUUUAAUGGAUGUUUAGCUCAUUUGUAUUGAGUGAAAGCUUUUGUUUUUCAAGUCUAUAUUGUUUCGAAACACCAAAUUGUAUCUUAAACGCACAAUGUUUAAAUAUGAAGAAGCUGUUUCAGAUAUGGAGAUUUUCCACUCGAUCUUACCGUCUCUAAAAUGUAACAGUUCAACUGACUUUGAUCUUUAAUAAAAAGAUUUUAAUAGGUUGUAAA